CUCUCAAUUCUCCAUCGGCCUAGCUCCUCUAGCUAUAUAUUUAACACAUCCAUCAUCAGGCAAGAAACACAAAACUAGUUAAUACUUCAUGGCCGUUGAGAUGAAGAAGGUUUUCACCAUCGCCCUGAGGUUGCUGGCCUUGGCUUCCACUGUGGUUGCCAUCGUUGUCAUGGUCAGGAGUCAUGACUCUGCUGAAGUUUUCAACUUAACCUUCACUGCCAAGUAUAGCAACACACCUGCAUUCAAGUAUUUCGUCAUCGCAGAAGCAGUUGGCGGUGCCUACACAGUUAUAGUAAUCUUCCUUUAUUCUAAAAGCAUCCUUGGGCGAUUAAUUAUCAUUCUUGAUACGGUAAUAACAGUGCUGCUGAGCUCAAGCAUAUCAGCAGCCUUGGCAAUAGCUCAAGUGGGAAAGAAAGGGAACAGUCAUGCUGGUUGGCUACCUGUUUGUGGACAAGUGCCGAGGUUCUGUGACCAAGCCACAAUUUCUCUUAUUGCUGGUUUUGUUGCAGCUGUUGUUUACUUUGUGCUUCUUCUCUGCUCCCUUCAUGCGGUCCUUACUCCCAUUUUUGCUGCAAAGCCUUAAUUAAUUAGAUGGUGUUGCAUAUUAUACUUUGUGCCAAGAACAAGAGUUUGUUUUUUUUUUUUUCCUUUAUUUCUCUCUACUUAAUUUGUAUCUACUUAAUUUCAGAUUAUGAUCUAUACCAUUAAGUUUCUCAUAUACAUGUAUCUUACACUAUA